CGUGGCAGCCGCUGGAGCUGCCGACGAGGAGCGAGGCAGGCCGCCGGGCACUUCCUGUGGAGGCCGCAGCGGGCGCGGGCGCGGGCGCGGGCGCCGAGAGGCCGAACGCCAAGCGAGCGAGCGAGAGAGCCGAGCCUCCCGCCGCCGCCAUGGGCCAGAACGACCUGAUGGGCACGGCCGAGGACUUCGCCGACCAGUUCCUCCGAGUCACGAAGCAGUACCUGCCGCACGUGGCGCGCCUGUGCCUGAUCAGCACGUUCCUGGAGGACGGGGUCCGCAUGUGGUUCCAGUGGGGCGAGCAGCGGGACUACAUCGACAGCACGUGGGGCUGCGGCUACCUGCUGGCCUCCUCCUUCGUGUUCCUCAACCUGCUGGGCCAGCUGACUGGCUGCAUCCUCGUGUUGAGCAGGAACUUCGUGCAGUACGCCUGCUUCGGGCUCUUCGGAAUCAUAGCCCUACAGACGAUUGCCUACAGCAUUUUAUGGGACUUGAAGUUUUUGAUGAGGAACCUGGCCCUGGGAGGCGGCUUGUUGCUGCUCUUAGCGGAGUCCCGUUCAGAGGGGAAGAGCAUGUUUGCGGGCGUCCCCACCAUGCGCGAGAGCUCCCCCAAACAGUACAUGCAGCUCGGGGGCAGGGUCCUGCUGGUCUUGAUGUUCAUGACCCUCCUGCACUUCGACGCCAGCUUCUUCUCUAUUCUCCAGAACAUCGUGGGCACGGCGCUGAUGAUCUUAGUGGCCAUCGGCUUCAAAACCAAGCUGGCUGCCUUGACUCUGGUCGUCUGGCUGUUCGCCAUCAACGUGUAUUUCAACGCCUUCUGGACCAUUCCUGUCUACAAGCCCAUGCACGACUUUCUCAAGUACGACUUCUUCCAGACCAUGUCGGUGAUCGGGGGCUUGCUCCUGGUGGUGGCUCUGGGCCCCGGCGGCGUCUCCAUGGACGAGAAGAAGAAAGAGUGGUAACAGACCCCUGCCUGGCUAAGACCCGUGGCCACGGAGGACCGGUUCGGGAUGGAUUCGACAAAACUGCCAGCAUUUAUGUCCUCUUCCCUCCCCUCCCUUGGUAAAGGCACAGAUGUUUUGAGAACUUUAUUUGCAGACACCUGAAAAUUGAUGGCUAAAUCUGCUCUGGACCCACAACCUGGUCGCUGACCAUUCAGAGCUGGCCGGCCGGUUAGCUCCUCCCUCCCCAAGGCGAGGCCUUCGCUUCCUGGCGCAGCUGGGGUGGCUGGGGCCUCUGUCCUCUUUUUGUUUCUCUUCUUUGGGUGGUGGGGGGCCUUUGAGCUGUACUGUGAGCAGAUACAUCUGUGUACCAUUCAAAGCAGUCUCCCUCUUAUUUUUUUAAAAGUUUACGUUUUUAGCUAAAACUACUAAAUGAUUUGGGAUGGCCCAGCCAAACAUCAAACACACUGUCAAAUUCCCUGGUUUAAAAUCGAGUCAGUGGCUUCCACGCUGUUUCUGCCCUGCCCUGUUAACACUUUACAGGGACAGUGAAAACACCUAGAGAAACUCAACCCCCCCCAAAGAAUGAAGCAUUCUAUUAGAGGGGCAACGGUUCAUGGUGCAAGUCGUUGAUUAAUCAGAAAAUUGGCUCGGACUGCUGCCGCUUUUUUAUGGGGUCACACCCCAGGAGCUUAAGUGGCUCAAGGUGGGGUUGGGCAUACUAGAAGUCCUAGGGUAGACGGCCCGGAGCCUGCAGGGACCCGCAUGCCCGCAGGCCUGGCUGUGGGGCAGGGCAGUGACAGCGUCGGCUCGCAGACCAGUUACCUCACACUUGACCUUGUGCAGCCUGCGGAAGCCACGGGCAGAGCUGGCCCUGGCCCUGGCCGAUGCCCGCCCGGUGUUUCUUUGGAUUGGGGAUUCUCCCAGGCUGUGCAGCCACGACUUACCUUUUCAUGAGGCUGUUGCUUGCUCAGAUCGUCUAUUUGCUAUGCUGAAUGCAGCCCAGAUUCCUUUUUACGAUUUGUGAUGCCUUACCGGUUGGAUCUGACUCCUGUAUUUCAAGUUUUCUAACAUUGCCUUACACUGCGUUUCUCUUCUUGGGGGGUGAGUGCCCGUUAGUUCUCCACUCGUCCUCGUGUAGUGGAGGCCACCAGGGGAGUCGGCACUUGUCUGUGCCCCUGUUGUCUUCUCCCUGGUCCUUCGGGGGCAGGCUGACUUGGCCAGCCUGACCAGACGCGGAACGAGGGCCCAGAGGCCGGUCAACCAGGCCUCGGGGCUUGUCUUUCCUCUGGUUGUCAGCUAGGUGUGCAGGCCUGAGUGCCACCCCGUCCUGAGCCAGGCUCCAUGCUCACCUUCCAGACCGGAGCCAGGGUGAGGUGUGGAGACCUCAUGUCCCCAGUUGACUUCACGGGUACGGUGAGGCCACCUUUUGUCCAGCAAAUCUCUGAGACCUGUACUUGGCUCUGCUGCUGGACCCA